UGUCGACAUAUUUAUUUCUGUCUGUCAACUGAAACUACUUUUCAUAUCUCUCUUUCGCUACAAAUUUGAAAUCAAAAUUAAAUUAAAAUAGUAUUUUCAUCUUUUUCUACGAAUUCCUUUUCAAUAAAUGUACUUUUAAUAAUCUUAUCUUAGUUAAAAAAAAUGAAAGCGCUAAUACAACGAGUAAUGAGCGCUAGUGUUACUGUAAAUGGGCAAGUUAUCAGCAGUAUUGGACAGGGUAUAUGUGUAUUAAUUGGUAUAUCAAACAAUGACACAAUUAAAGAUAUAGAGUACAUUAUCCGCAAAAUUCUAAGUAUAAAAAUAUUUGAUGAUGAAUCAAACAAGAGAUGGAAGAAAAAUGUUAUGGACAAGCAAUUUGAGGUGCUGUGUGUGAGUCAGUUUACCUUAUACAAUACUUGGAAGGGCACCAAACCAGAUUUCCAUAAUGCUAUGCCAGGAGAAAGAUCGAAAGAAUUCUAUGAAAAGUUUCUACAAAUGCUGAGAGAUCAGUACAUUCCCGAUAAAGUUAAAGAUGGAGAAUUUGGUGCCUAUAUGCAGGUGGCUAUACAGAAUGAUGGACCAGUGACCUUUGAAAUCGAGUCACCAGUGGCAUUACCAAAUAAAAUAAAGGAAAAUGAUACAAAAGGUGAAAAUGGACUUGUACUUGAAAGUCAGUCCAGUAGAGAAAUAGGAGAAAAUGUAUAAGUUAAAUACGAAUGACAAUAAUUGUUGUAUAGAAGUGUACAGUACCAAUGUAAUUAAAUUAUAAUUUAUAAUUUAACAGACUUUUGUGUUCUUGACUAUUUGCUAUUAAGAAACUAUCGGAAUGUGUCGGUAGAUAAUAAAUAUUCAAAAAGUGCCUAGAAUUACGAUAAUUUUAUAUUUUAUCCUAUUGUAGGCUGUUAAUGAAAAUGAGGUAAUAUAAACUAUUUGUUUUCGUAAUUACGUAACUAUUGUAUUUCUUAGUAUUGUUGGUAGAAAUUAUUUGUAAUUGUCACUGGUUCUAUCCAAGGACGAGUACCCGGUAUGACAUAUAAAUAUUGCAUAUAAUUAAGCCAAAUAUCAGACAGACUAUAGUCUAGUCCUUAUUACUAAAGUAUUCUUUACAAUGGGGACUAUUGGCACCAUUACAUAUAGGCAAUGUACUUUCAUAAAUUCGACGGCUAUACAGCAUAGGUGUUAGGAGUAGUCUGCGUCUCCAUCUUAACAGCAACAAAUAACAUACACAAUAUUCAUCUUUCAAUUCUCAAAUUACUUUAGGAUAGUAGAAACUUGUCAGUUUUCAUCCGUAUCAAUCAAUUUAGUAGUUGACCAUGAAAAUAAAACAUAUGUCAAACUUUUACAUUUGUUGUACUAACUAUUAAAAAAUACAAUUAAAACACUAGUAUGCCUUCACGCUCCAUAAGUCCUGCCGUUUUAGAGGAUCCUUAGC